AGCCGGUUGGAUUUUCCCCAUCUUACAGCACCUCGCAGGUCUCUUCUCUGAGCAGUCCGUUGCCUGAGUGAGUGGAAACAUACAGAUCAGCUGCAGGUUUCUGUCUACAAAAACAGAGUGAAAGAGAAAGAAAAGGGUUGGGAAAGCAGAGACAAAUAUUAACCUGGACUUAUAGAAAGACAUCCAAUGGCUGAAUAAAGAACCCCUGUUCAUGUUUUGGGAUAUUCUUUCAACUGGCUGGAACGAGAGCGGAUCAAAAGAAUGGGAAAUGCCAGCAGACCCUUUAGAAGAAUUGCUUAUUUCUUAUGCCUUUUAUCUGUGCUUUUGCUGACUGAAGGGAAGAAACCAGUGAAGCCAAAAUGUCCUGCCUGGUGUACUUGUACCAAAGAUAAUGCUUUAUGUGAAAAUGCCAGAUCUAUUCCUCGCAGCGUUCCGCCUGAUGUUAUCUCACUAUCCUUUGUGAGAUCUGCUUUUACUAAAAUCCCAGAAGGGAGUUUUUUGCUCACACCAUCUCUGCAGCUUCUGUUGUUUACAUCCAACACUUUUGAUGUUAUUAGUGAUGAUGCUUUCAUGGGCCUUCCUCAUCUAGAAUAUUUGUUCAUAGAGAACAACAGCAUUAAGUCAAUUUCAAGAAAUACUUUCAGAGGACUGAAAUCCUUAAUUCACCUGAGUCUCGCAAAUAAUAAUCUCCAAUCGCUUCCAAAAGACAUAUUCAAAGGCUUGGAUUCUUUAACAAAUGUAGAUCUUAGAGGCAAUGCAUUUAAUUGUGACUGCAAACUGAAGUGGUUAGUGGAAUGGCUGGGCAGCACCAACGCAACAGUUGAAGACAUUUACUGUGAAAGCCCUAUAGAAUAUAAGAAGCGCAAAAUCAAUAGCCUCUCUCCAAAAGAAUUUGAUUGCAUUAUUACAGAAUUUGAAGUUUAUCAGUCCCUGCCAUACCAAUCUCUGUCAGUAGAUACUUUCUCAUACAUGAACGAUGAACACGUGGUUAUCGCUCAGCCUUUUACUGGAAAAUGCAUCUUUCUUGAAUGGGACCAUGUAGAAGUGAUGUUCAGGAAUUAUGACAACAUAACAGGUACUUCAACUGUUGUCUGUAAACCUAUAGUUAUUGAGAGUCAGCUGUAUGUCAUUGUCGCACAGCUGUUUGGAGGCUCCCACAUAUAUAAAAGAGAUAUUUUUGCUAAUAAGUUUAUAAAAAUUCAAGAUAUUGAAAUCCUUAAAAUCCGAAAACCCAAUGACAUUGAAACUUUCAGGAUUGCUGAAGACUGGUAUUUUGUUGUUGCAGACAGUUCGAAGGCUGGUUUCACCACGGUUUACAAAUGGAAUGGGAAUGGAUUUUAUUCCCAUCAGUCUCUGCAUGCCUGGUACAGAGAUACUGAUGUGGAGUAUCUUGAAAUAUCUGGCAAACCACAUUUAAUUCUAUCAAGUAGUUCCCAAAGACCCGUAAUAUAUCAAUGGAACAAAGGAACAAAUGAAUUUAUUAAGCGUUUUGAUAUCCAAGAUAUGGAAGAUGCGUAUGCAGUGAAGCAUUUCAAAGUGAAAGAGGAUGUAUAUAUUUGCUUAACAAGAUUUAUUGGGGACUCUAAAGUAAUGAAAUGGGGUGGUUCAGCAUUUCUGGAUUUACAAAGGAUGCCAUCCCGAGGGUCAAUGGUAUUCCAACCGCUUCAGAUAAGUAAUUAUCAAUAUGCCAUUCUUGGAAGUGAUUAUUCUUUCACUCAAGUCUAUUAUUGGGAUGCUGAAAAGGCAAAAUUUGUGAAGUUUCAAGAAUUAAAUGUACAGGCACCAAGAUCUUUCAUACAUGUCUCCAUCGAUAAACGAGAUUUUCUCUUUGCUUCAAGUUUUAAGGGAACUACACUGAUUUAUAAACAUGUCAUAGUUGACUUAAGCGCAUGACACUCAUAAUUCUGAGAUUACAUCAGACUUUCUACCAUAAGUGGACAAAAUGAACUAAAUGCAUGAUGACUGUCUUAUCUUACUUCCAAAUGAAUGCCUUUAAAAGUUGAAAUUGCUAGAACAAAUUAUUACUAGUAUCUUCAUCUUUAAUUGUCAAGUCUAGUGGUGUUGGAAGUUGCAUUUUUUAACAAAAAAUAAAUUAAAUUAACUGUUCUUUGCAUCCACAAUAUGUAAAUAUGUGUGCAACUGCAUCUGUUGCUAUAAAGAAUAUUAAAAUGUACAUUUCCAUUUAUUUAUUCACCUGUUUGAAAUGACUGCCAAAUAAAAUGUUUACAUUUUGUGUCUUUCACAUUCCAAAUA